GUGCCUCUGACACCAAAGAAGUCAACCAAACUCCUCUUAUUAUCAUCAAGAAAUCCGGGGAAUCUGUGGACAAGGAGAUGAUAUGCUCACACCAGAUAUCUGGAUAUCAAGUCAUCCUGUGGUACAAGCAAGACAAAGGUUUAGCCAUGAAGCUCUUGGGAUAUUUGAAUUUGGAGUACCCAAACGUCGAAGAGGACGUGAAGGGAAAAAUCAAUUUCGAUGGAGAUGGACGUAAAAACUCAAGCCUCACCAUUUCUGAGCUUAAUCUGAACGACGGCGCUGUGUAUUACUGUGCAGCCAGUCUGCACGGUGCCUCCGACACCAAAGAUGUGGCUCAAACUCCUCUUUUCCUGAUUAAAAAAACUGGGGAAUCGGUGGAGAAGGGGAUUAAAUGUUCACACAACAUCGAAAAUCAUGAGCUCAUUCUAUGGUACAGACAAGACCGAAACAGGAAUCUGAAGCUCUUGGGAUACCUAAACCUGAAUUUUGCAUAUCCUCAAGAUGAUGUAAAAGAAAAAAUCAGUUUUGAUGGAGACGGACGUAAAAACUCAAGCCUCACUAUUUCCGACCUUGAUCUGAACGACAGUGCUGUGUAUUUUUGCGCAGCCAGGCGGCACAGGUUUUCUGGCGGGAGUCAUGUCACCCAGACCCCUACUGUGUGGAAAAACAGGGGCGGAAAGGCGACAAUAGAAUGCAGCCACACCAAAGGAAGUUUUUACUCCCAGAUGUACUGGUACAGGCAGCUGCCAGGACAGGCCAUGAAGCUGAUUGUCUUCACAGCGACGGGACAAAGUGAUCAUGAUUUUGAUGAUUUCGACGCUGAAAAGUUCUCAGCCACCAAACCUGAUGCUCACAGGGGGACGCUCACCGUGAACAACCUGGUGCCGGAAGACAAAGGCUUGUAUUUCUGUGCUGUGUCUCAGCACAGUGGUUCCUCACUCAGUGACAAAGUCAGCCAGACUCCAGCUGCUGUGUACAAAGAAGCCAAUCAAACAGUCAAAAUCCACUGUUCACACAAUAUUGAAACCUACAAUUUCAUCCUCUGGUACAAGCAAAUAAAAAACAGACAGCCGCAGUUUCUGGGAUACAUGCAAGCCUUCACCCCAUUUCCAGAGACUGGAAUGGGUGUAAAAAUAGAUGGAAAUGCAAAUGAAGGAGAAACCUGCACGUUAACCAUAGAAGAACUCAGCCUGAACAGCAGUGCAGUUUACUUCUGUGCUGCUAGUCUACACAGUGCUUCUGCAGUCUACAAUAUCCUCCAAAAACCGGCUUCCAUUAUUAAGAAACCCGGUGAAUCUGUUCUCAAUGAGAUCCACUGUUCACACGAUGUGUCGGAAUUUGAACGCAUCCUUUGGUACAAGCAGGACAAGCGCGGAGCUCUGAAGUACCUGGGCUACCUAAAUCUGAAGUUUGAUUAUCCAGAGGACGACAUAAAAGGAAAGAUUAGCUUCGACGGAGACGGCGGCAAAUAUUCCAAACUGAAUAUUUCCUCCGUUUCGGCAGAAGACGGCGCCGUGUAUUUCUGUGCUGCCAGUCAGCACAGUGCAACAACGCGCCCUGAAACCGACCUGGUGUGGAAAGUCCAGGGGGAAAACGCAGUGAUGGACUGCAAACAUUCCAAGGGUGCUACCUAUUACACAAUGUACUGGUACAGGCAGCUGCCCGGAGAGCACAUGAAACAAAUGGUGUACACUCUCGCUGACAGCAAACCCGACUUCGAACCCGAGUUCAGAAGUGACAGGUUCUCCACCACCAAACCCGACGCUCACAGUGGGACCAUGACGGUGAAGGACCUGGUGCCGGGAGACACCGGCUGGUAUUUCUGCGCCGUGAGUUCCUCACUCAGUGACAAAGUCAGCCAGACUCCACCUGAUGUGUACAAAGAAGUGAAUCAAACAUUAGAAAUCCACUGUUCACACAGCAUAGACGGCUAUGACAGAAUCCUCUGGUACAAGCAAAUGAAGAAUCAGCAUCUGCUGUUUCUGGGAUACAUGGUACCAUACUCUGCAGCUCCAGAGACCGGAAUGGAGACCGGAAUGGGUGUAAAAAUAGAUGGCAAUGUAAAUAAAGGAGAAACCUGCUCACUAACCAUAGAAGAACUCAGCCUGAACAGCAGUGCAGUUUACUUCUGUGCUGCUAGUCUACACAGUGGAACAUAUCACUGCUGCUCAAUACAAAAACCUCAUAAGGCUUUUCCACGUUUCUCAUGUGAGGAUGAAGUCCAGCAGUAUCCAGAGGAAAUGAUCAAUAGGCUUAAUGAACCAAUCAACAUUGAGUGUUCACACAAGAGUGACAUCUAUGAUAGAAUCCUCUGGUACAAGCACUCAAACUCACAACUGCAGCUCCUUGGAUACUUGUAUCUAGGGAACAUAUUUUUAGAGAAAGAAGUGAAUGUGAAGAUUGAAGGAGGUGCAAAUAAAGGAGAAACCUGCACAUUAACCAUAGAAGAACUCAGCCUGAACAGCAGUGCAGUUUACUUCUGUGCUGCUAGUCUACACAGUUCCUCCCUUGGAGACCAAGUCAGUCAAACUCCACUCGAUGUGAUCAAAGAAGAGAAGCAAACGGCUGAAAUCAAAUGUUCACACAAAGUUGAUAAUUAUAAUAUAAUCCUCUGGUACAAGCAAACGAAUACUCAACUGCAGCUCCUGGGAUACUUUUAUGUAGGAAAAGAAAAUGUAGAGAAAGGAGUGAAUGUGAAGAUUGAAGGAGGUGCAAAUAAAGGAGAAACCUGCACUUUAACGAUAGAAGAACUCAGCCUGAACAGCAGUUCCUCCCCUGGAGACCAAGUCAGUCAAACUCCACUAGAUGUGAUCAAAGAAGAGAAGCAAACGGCUGAAAUCAAAUGUUCACACAAGAUUGAUUAUUAUUAUACAAUCCUCUGGUACAAGCAAACGAAUAUUCAACUGCAGCUCCUGGGAUACCUUUAUCAAGGCAAAGAAAAUGUAGAGACAGGAGUGAAUGUGAAGAUUGAAGGAGGUGCAAAUAAAGGAGAAACCUGCACUUUAACGAUAGAAGAACUCAGCCUGAACAGCAGCGCAGUUUACUUCUGUGCUGCUAGUCUACACAGUUCCUCCCUUGGAGACCAAGUCAGUCAAACUCCACUCGAUGUGAUCAAAAAAGAGAAGCAAACGGCUGAAAUCAAAUGUUCACACAAAGUUGACAUCUACAACCAAAUCCUCUGGUACAAACAAUCAAACUCACUACUGCAGCUCCUUGGAUACUUAUACAUACGCACACCAAAUAUAGAGAAAGGAGUGAAUGUGAAGAUUGAAGGAGUUGCGAAUAAAGGAGAAACCUGCACUUUAACCAUAGAAGAACUCAGCCUGAACAGCAGUGCAGUUUACUUCUGUGCUGCUAGACUACACAGUUCUUCUACCAGCGAAAAAGUCAGACAGGAUCCAGCAGAGAUGUACCAUGAACAGAAACAAGCGGCCAAAAUCCACUGCACACACUUCAUCGACAGCUAUAACAGAAUAUUCUGGUACAAGCAGUCAAACAGACAACUGCAGCUGCUGGGAUUCUACUUUGUAGGCAAAGAGAAUGUAGAGGAAGGAGUGAAUGUGAAGAUUGAAGGAGGUGCAAAUAAAGGAGAAACCUGCACAUUAACCAUAGAAGAACUCAGCCUGAACAGCAGUGCAGUUUACUUCUGUGCUGCUAGUCUACACAGUUCAACUCUCAGUGACAAAGUCCAACAGGAUCCAGCAGAGAUGCACAAAACAGCUAAAGAAGAGGCCAAAAUUGACUGUUCACACAGUGUCGACAGCUAUAAUACAAUCCUCUGGUACAAACAAUCCAACUCACAACUGCAGCUCCUGGGAUAUAUGGUUGGAAGCAGUGACAACGUGGAGAAAGGAGUGAAUGUGAAGAUUGAAGGAGAUGCAAAUAAAGGAAAAACCUGCACAUUAACCAUAGCAGAACUCAGCCUGAACAGCAGUGCAGUUUACUUCUGUGCUGCUAGUCUUUGCCUGGGAGUUAAAGUCGACCAAAGACCUCUAGAGACUCUGAAAAAUCUCGGAGACAGAGUCCAGCUGGUCUGCAGCCAUGGACAGACCGACUACACCCAAAUGCACUGGUUCCAGAGAUCCCGUUCAGACCCAGCUCUGCGGCGCAUUGGACAUGUGUACUAUGGCAAUAUCGAUAUCGAAAAGGCAUUCGAAAAGCAUUUCAAUAUCACCGGAGAUAUGAGCGGGUCCACUGCGAAGAACGGCUCUCUGCUCAUUCUGGACCUGAAGGCCGAGCAUGCCGCUGUGUACUACUGCGCAGCCAGCUACGCACAGCAGAUGCCAACCCGCGCUCCUCCUCUGGGUCUGGAGGUCCGUCAGUCUCCCUCUCAUCACAUCGCUGACCCUGGUGACAGAGUGCAGAUUUUCUGUAGCCACGACGAAACUAGCUACAGAGUCAUGCUCUGGUACCAGGGGUCACCCAGCGACACGGCGAUGAAACUCAUCGGAUAUUUGCACUUCAAAGAUGUCAAAAUGGAAGCCCAAUUUGAAGCCAAUUUCAACCUCACGGGAGAUUUGGGCGGCGAUACAAAAAAGAAUGGCUCCCUGGUCCAUCAGUCUCCCUCCGUUCUCAUCGGAAAGGUGGACGAUGAGGUACAGCUGGUCUGCAGUCAUGGCCGAAGCGACUACAGAGUGAUGCUGUGGUACCAGCAGUCGCCUGGAAAAAAGGCGCUGACGCUCAUCGGCUAUGGAUACACGCAGUUCAGAAAUGACAGCGUUGAGGAGGCCUUUAGGAAACAUUUCAGCUUAGCCGGGGACCUGAGUGGUGACAAAGUGAAAAAUGGCUCUCUCUUCAUAAAGAAGCUGAAAACACCUGAACACACGGCAACGUACUUCUGCGCUGCCAGAUCUAACUCAAGUAAAGAAAAGCAAGUGUUUCAAAGUCCAGCUAAUUUCUUUGGGAAAGCAAAGAGCGGAGUCAACCUGACCUGUUCGCACAAUAUCUCAAGCUAUGACACGAUUCUCUGGUAUCAGCGCUCACCAGGGGAGACCUCCCUGAAGCUCAUUGCCUACAUGUAUUAUAAAACACGCAAUGUUGAGACACAGUUUAAGGGACGCUUUGCAGUUGGUGGUGAUGGGGAGAAAAUGGUUUACCUUCAAAUUCUAAACCUCACACAUCCUGGAGACACUGGAGAAUAUUUUGGAGCAGCAAGUAAGAAUCAUGAGAUGUUAGUUUUUCCUAUUAAUGCAGCAGACUUUCAAAAUAUUGUUCUGUCAUCACCUGUCGUCCAGCAAUCUCCUGUGUCUCUUCUCCUGAAACCUGAACAAGAGGCCAGUCUUGAAUGUUACCAUGGAGAUAGCAAUUUCCCCUACAUGCUCUGGUACAAGUCUGCGGCAGGAGGCCAGCGCACCAUGGACCUCAUCGGUUAUCUCUAUAACGAAAUCCCAAAUCCCGAGCAGACGUACAAAAACCGAUUCGCCAUGACGGGCAAUUCAAAGGCCAAAGGCCAGCUUGUGAUCGCCAACGUCACCCUGUCAGAAACAGCAGAGUACUUUUGCGCAGCUAGGCUACACAGUAUUUGUCAGUCUGUGCUCAUCACCCAGUGGCCGCAACACAUCGCCAGCCUUCCCAACGGCUCGGCCGAAAUGUUCUGCUACCAAAAUCACUCCGAUUACGAAUUCCUCCACUGGUACAAACAACAGGGGGGGAGCGCUUUACAGCUGGUGGCGAAUGUGAUUGUUGGUCGGGCUACCUACGAAGACGGAUUCGAAUCCGGUUUUCGGGCGGUGAAGACGAGCGAGAAGCAGUGGUCCCUGACCAUCUCCAGCGUUCGGCAGGCAGACGAGGCGGUUUACUUUUGCGCCGCUAGGCCACACAGUCAGGUGAGCGCCGUUACAUUUAAGCAGUCUUCUCCUCUCAUAGUGGAACCGGGCAGAGCUGUCCACAUUAACUGCAGCCAUGACGAUAGCAACCUUAUAGUGAUGCUUUGGUAUCAGCAUAAAAGGGACGACAACUCGAUGACCCUAAUCGGGUUCGGGUACGAGAACGCCCAAAACUACGAGGGUCAGUUCGAAAAACAAUUCAAGCUGACGAGAAAAAGCACGGUGGAAGGAGCCCUGUUAGUGCGGGAGCCCGCCGCGUCGCACUCGGCUGUUUAUUUCUGCGCCGCCAAUCAUGCAAAGAGCGCAAAAUUCCUUCAAUCCCACCCCCAAAUUGUUGAAGAAAAGAAAGCAGUGGAUUUUAAGUGCAGUCAUGAUGAUAGUGCUCUCAACGUAAUGCUCUGGUACCAGCAGACAAACAGCGGUCGGAUUGAUUUAAUUGGUUACAGCUACGUUGGUUCCGACCCAACGUACGAGGAGCAAUUUAAAACCCGUUUUAGAAUCACGAGGACAAACGUCACACACGGAGGUCUGACUAUAGACGGUGCCAGUCUGUCAGACUCGGCUAGCACUGUGACCAACACUCAGCCUGCUUACUUUGGAAAUGGAACCAAACUGACAGUUUUAGACCACGAUGUCACUCCACCAAUAGUGAAAGUUUUUCCACCCUCAAAAGCAGAGUGCAAAAACCAAAAGGACAAGAAUACGAGGAAGAAGACCCUGCUCUUUUUGCUGCACUGUGACAACAUCAACGAAGCUUACUUUGGAAAAGGAACAAAACUCACUGUUUUGGGUAGAAAUGUUGGCGUGAAAAUGAAGGAAAAAACUCACGUCAAAACAUUUGACAUUAUUGAACUGAACUCGGAGCACUGUGAACUCCGAGAAAGAGAUUCUUGCUCAGUUUUGCUGCACUGUGACGAUCGUGAAGCUUACUUUGGAAAAGGGACCAAACUGACUGUUUUAGCACUGAUCAUGUUCACUGUGACUCUGGUGCAGCAGAAGCUCACUUUGGUGGAGGAACAAAGU